CAAGACGCAAGUGGCAGAAAGCGGCUCUAAUCAAACUGUAACCGUCGUUCGUAGUUGUCAUUGACCGUUAUCGGCGUCAAGUUGAUUCGUAGCAGUCGCGAAGUCCAACUGAACUAACAGGUUUUGCUAUUUGGGCGUUAGUGGAUGGAGGUAUCGUAAAGUUCUCGACUGUGAUUGGCCAGAUACGCCGGAUUAUCAGUGUCAUAAUUAGGCCAGAUUCUAAAAAACCUUUUUUUAGUAUGUUCCCUUUGCCUUCCCUAACAUUGCGUGCUACUCAACUUUUUUCGAGAUCUCUGAAUUGGCUGAAAUCGAAGACUAUUGCCGCACUAAAUAGGAGGAUGAAGGCGUAAAGUUGUUCAUACAUUACAUUAAAACAGACUGUUAAGAAGCAGCGUUUUGUAUCUACCGUGCUGCAGUAAACUGAAAGGUCUGUGUAAAUUCGAUGAAAAUGAAUCAAAAAGAAAACGAUACGACAAGCGUCACGGACGAAGGAGGCUUAAAUAGCCCGGUCGGACGCUGAAACGCCAGGCAAACAUCGUCGUGAUCGUCGUCGUCGUCGUCGUCGUCGUCGUCGUCGUCGCUAGUAACCAGCAGAUAUCCAAUCGUUUUUCGAAGACCAGAGCUCUGUCUUUGUCAUCGGCGCGAUGAUCGCUCCCUACCACUAUUUUAUUACUGCUAUUGCGAUGACCGUUACGAUUGCACCUUUCCUCAUCUCAUUCCCUUUAUCGUUUGCUUUUUCCAAUGUCGAAUACUACCAAAAACAAGUUCAUACAUUUAGGCUUAUGAUAGCUGACCCAGAUGGAUGCGUCGGCGUCUGUGUGCGGUUCUGCGACAGACGUCGCGAAGGAACACGGAAGCGUGUAGCGUAAAAUGACGCAGCUCAGCAGCUUCAGCUGACGAAUACUGACUUUUGUUGUUAGCGAUUCCCUGUGGUAGUAGUAAUUGUUGUGGGAGCUCGGAAAGCCCAGACAUUUGGAGUAACGCUUCUGAACGAAACUUUAUUAGCAGUUAUAUAGCUUUUUUUUUUUAUUUAUUUUUUUUUUCUUUAUAAUACCCAUUAUUUCUCUACGUUAGUUUAGACUACCAUAAAGUAGCAUACCAAGAGGUAAAAGCAAGAGGUCUGCCAAGUGAGUUGCCUCAUCUCUAAAGCCAGACAAAAGUAACAAUACAAAAAUGAGCCAAAUGGGUGGCACUGCGUGUGCAGCUCUACUAGGUAACUUUGUUAAAUAAGCAAGUGGCUUUUCUAGUGACUUUUUUUCAAUGUAUCGUCGGCGUAUACAGCCACCAAUACCAGUAAAAAAAAAAAAAAAAGUAGAAAUUAACGUGUACUGUUUAGUUAUUAGAUUAUUGAAUGAUUACCAGAGUCAGCUGAUUCGGUUCGCACCGCGGCACUUUAGAAGUAUGGGAACAUAAAAAAAUAAGAAAUGAAUAUCUUUGUAGGGUAUGUCUAUGUUGUAUAUUUACAUUGUACAGUGACGAGCGAUAGAAUCCAUACGAUAAUCUCUAUUCUCUCGUAAGGCUAUCUUUGAGGAUUCAAGAUUGCAAUUUGUUAGGGUAGGGUGGUGAAAAAAAUCUACCUAUAAGUUAUCAUAUUUCGGAUCUAUACAUGAGUCAUGCUUGUCAUAAUGUAGCGACUUCUGCCGUUCAGAGUAAUAGAAUUAAAGUAAACGUUUUUAGUUUCAAAUAAUCGAUCCGGAAUUUUCCUCCAAGUGGCAGAAACAUGUGGAACUGGCCUGUCUAUAAUUUAGCAUUCACUAUUAUUUUCUACGAGCUUACCUUUUCGAAAGCGGACCCUAGAUCGACAUCAAUGUAUGCCAUCGGGCAGAUUUCGCUUUAAAGGUCUUUUUUUUUUCUUAGUUUAGCAUUUUUUUUAAAAAUUUUUAUUGAGCGUAUGUUCCGAUUCCUAGGAACUGACAAAUGAAACUGGCCUCCUUUGUCACCUAAAUAAUAAACUAUAUAAAUAAAUGAAGGUGAAAUCAUAUGAGCCGCUGCGUUUCUUUCUGGCAAGGAACGUUAAUUUGAAAUUUUAAUGCUACUAAUUAAAAAGAAUACAAGUCAAAAAGCUAGCGCAAAUAGUGCAAUUAUAUUUUUCUAUAUUCAAUCAACUUGGAAAAGUGACCAUUAUAUGGGAUAGCUAGACAUGCUUUUCUUAUUCCAUCGAAUGUUUGCUGAACAACAAAGAAACGAUGUAACCAGCUCGUCUUCCAGCCACGGCUUCGCCACUCCCAAGGUUACGUCUUCAAAGGCCGACUAAAGACAACUUACGUUUUAUAUAAGUGAUUAUACUGAACCAUUACAGGGCAAUUCUGCGGUCUACGCGGGCCUUGCUAAGGUGAGGCUAUUGCAUUUAGUGUUGCUAAUUUUGAAAAAACAUAAGUUGCCUCAGGGUACAGCUCAAAUAGCCCGAACAUAUAUGUCAAGUAAAGCAACAUCCCGUUGUUGUCAACAACAUGUCACAUACAGUUGUGUCUAGAGGGGAUUUUUGUUUACCUAAGCCACCCAUUUUACUUUGAAAUACGGUACCUGUGUUGUUACAAUUUGCCUUACUUGUCGAACAAACUGCGCGAACGAAACGUGGAUAUAUUAGUUUUUCAAGGUCCAGCCUCACAACGUCCAGUGAAAUUUCAGCCAUAUUUGACCUGCCUAAUCUGCGAGUAAGCCAUCGGCCUCCUUAGUCAUGAUCACGUUCCGUCCUGAAAAAAAAAUUCUUCUUAGUUUUAUUAAAUGACUGGUUUAUUCGCACGGCCUUAUUAGUGGCCCAUAGAGCUCCACCUUACGGGAUUAUACAGGCCAGCGAUAAUAGAUAUUUUUUCCGAAUGGACAACUUUUGGCAAACCUAUUCGGGUUACACAAGAAUUGAUAAAUACGCUGAUAUAGUUUCAUUCAUCGUUGUAGCCCGAGUUGUUUUUAAAGAUAGCAAAGAUUUUAGCCUCACUCUACCGUAUAUAAACGGACAAAAAAAAUAUAACAGGACAAAAAUAAAUACAUUUAUAUUGACUCUUUAGGAGAGUCAAUAUUUGGAGAGAGUGAUUACACUAUGUAUAUGUAUUGGACUAUAGGUAUUUUUAGAAAAAAAAUCUGCAAGUGUAUGUGUUAACAAAAUGCCUAUAUGGUUUCUUUUCUUUUGAGGCCAAGGAAAUCCCGUACCCGAAGUCAGUGUUCUUCAUCAUCAGCAAUGAAUUCUGCGAGCGAUUUUCGUAUUAUGGCAUGCGAACCGUUCUUGUCAUAUACCUGUCCAGUAUACUGCUGUACAGCGAAGAGGAUACCAAAUCGAUAUACCAUGCCUUUACCAUGGCUUGCUACUUCACACCUUUACUUGGGGCAAUCAUCGCUGACUCUUGGCUGGGAAAAUUUAAAACAAUUUUCUAUAUUUCAAUCAUCUAUGCGAUUGGGAAUGCAGUUUUAUCUAUUGGAUCCUUCAAUCUUGGUCUCGAAACCCAAAUCAUAUUCUCUCUAUUAGGUCUAGGCCUAAUUGCGAUAGGAACCGGAGGAAUUAAACCAUGUGUUGCUGCGUUUGGCGGUGACCAAUUCGUACGCGGUCAGGAGCUCUACCUCGAGCAGUUUUUUUCCAUUUUCUAUAUGUGUAUUAACGCUGGCUCAGUACUAUCAACUGCAAUUACCCCGUAUCUUCGUGCAAUUCCCUGCAAUGGUCGAGAUAGCUGCUUCCCACUUGCAUUUGGUGUGCCUGCUAUUCUGAUGGUCAUCUCUCUCGUAUUGUUCAUGUUGGGUAGCCCGUUUUAUCGGAAGACUCCCCCGGGUGACAACGUUAUCGUCAAAUUAGGUGGUUGUAUAUCGCACGCCAUUGCCAACAAGUUUUUUAGAGCUACGGAUACAAGGGAACAUUGGCUGGAUUACGCAGACGACAUAUACGAUCAAAAGUUUAUCGAGGAGGUAAAAUCCGUCUGCCGGGUAAUGGUCAUCUAUAUUCCCGUGCCCAUUUUCUGGGCCUUGUUCGAUCAGCAGGGCUCAAGCUGGACGUUGCAAGCCACGCGAAUGCGCUGGCAAGUGUUCGGAUUUCGGUUAUUACCCGAUCAGAUCCAGCUGUUGAACCCACUUCUUAUCCUCAUACUUGCCCCGCUAUUCGGAUAUGUACUUUAUCCGAUGUGCAAGAAUUGUGGCUUACUUACCAAGCCUUUGCAGAAAAUGAUCGUAGGCGGUGUCUUGGCCGCUGCAUCGUUUAUCGUGUGCAUGUUCCUCCAGUUUGCCGUUGAAGCCCAAGACUCGAACGCAAUGACUCUCAUAAAUACAACUCCUUGUCAGCUUAAGGUUACGUACGACCUUGGAGAUAAACAUAAUGUAUUCGCACCCAAAGCAAACGGAGACUUCCUCAAAAUCAACAGGCCUUACCCAUAUGUAGUGAAUAUCACGGCCACUUGUGGGAACGAGACACAAGGCCCACUAAACUAUAAGCCUGAUUUCUCCCAUCGUGCAUCACGUGAAAAACUCAUUAUGCUCCGAGGGGACAACAAGGACAUUCAGGUCAUCGACAUUCCUGAAUUGGGUAAAGGUGACGCGAUAGACGUGAAAGUCUUCGCCGAUAGAGAACUGGAUCUAGAACUGAUCAGCAGUAAUGAUGAGCGAUUUAAUCUGACGCGUCAAGAGGAACCCGACCUUGGCGAUCUACGAUUCUACCGAGCGGAACUCCAAUCUGAUGAAACGUACACAUUAAGAUACUCCGACAUGACCUGUAUGCCCGGGAGGCUGCAGACGGGCGAAGCAUAUACUUUCGUUGUGACUAACAAAACCUGCACAAUGAACCUGACUCAGGCGGCCCCAGCGAUGUCACUAAUGUGGCAGGCUCCACAGUAUAUAUUAAUUACGACGGGCGAGGUCCUGUUUUCAGUAACGGGUCUUGAAUUUUCGUACUCCGAAGCGCCAAAGUCGAUGAAGUCUGUGCUUCAAGCCGGCUGGUUGAUGACUGUUGCCAUCGGAAAUCUGCUUGUGGUCAUUGUUGCAAAGAUUGGACUUGAGAAACAGUCGACUGAGUUCCUGGUCUUCGGGCUAGCCAUGUUUGCAGAUAUGAUUUUCUUUGCUGUGCUGGCGUAUUUCUACACGCCAAGUUCUGCGUUGUCCGAGAUGGCUAGUCAAGAAGGUGAAAUGUACGAAGUUUCGAAGGAGGAACUGUCAGCUUGAAAACACCGCGUCUGUCAACAAAGGCCAUCUAUUAGAACUCAUGAAGUGCAUCGUUGCAUAUUAAAAUAAUUGGCGUUGUGGCUUUGUUCUGUAGUGGAUGCUCGUCCAGGUUAUUUUAUCUAUUAGCAAGCAUUAAUACCAUGUUUUUGCCACGUCGAUUGCGUAUCUGAGCCCGGG